CCCCACUUUCGAUUGGACGAGCAGUCGCGUGACAACAGCUCUGGGAAGGAGGAGAGGAAGGAGGGGCCCCGGCCUCAGAUCCCCUUCCCUUUGCCUUCCCUCCCCCGCUCUCCCUUCCACCUCCCCUCCACACCCUUUGCUGAAAUUGAGUGUGCGGACCUUCCUGCACCACAGCUCUUGCACCUCCGACUUCAUCUCGUGACCACCACUGUUUCCCCCCUCGCGUUUCCAUCCCCACCCCUUCUCCAUCCCCGUCUUCGCCCCUCACGCAACAUGGCAGCAGACGCACAAGAAGCCAAGCUCAAGAAGGUCGACUCGGCCGCGCCUGAUGACAAGGUCAUGCACAAGCGAGCGAGCAGCUCGUUGCCUGGCGUCUUCAACAUCAACGACCUAGAAAAGGAAGGCAAGGAGAUCAAAAUCUCCCCCGAAACACAGAAGCUGGGCUGGAAGAUGAACACCUCCCCCGCCAGUCUCGACGACAAAGAAGUCCUCAAAAAGCUCCUGACCGAGCCGCCCAUCAAAAAGAUCGACCUCGUCUUCCCCCUCGGCUCCGAAGUGACGGCCCGCAACCCCAAAGGCGUCACCAUCAAAGACGCCCUAGACGCCAUCUUCAAGCAGUACAAGAAGAAGGCCGACGACGAGUUCGAGAACCCCUACCUCGCCGGCUUCGAGUGGGACAAGGAGGAGAGCUGGACGAAGUUCAAGGUGCACCAGAAAGCCACGGGCGAGGCGCCGGCGGGCAAGAAGAAGAAGAACAAGGGCGGCGAUGCGGAGGAGUAGAGGCUGCACUCGCCAGCACGCCCCCGCGUCACGGAGUGGUGUGACUGCUGUGAGCGUCUACGACGCCAUCUCAUCAUUGCCUAGUGGAGGGAUGGACCGCGUGAUGUAGACCAAUAGCGUAUGGCGAGCUCACUCCUGCUAUCGCACUCACACUCCUUUGACCUCGGCCGAGCUCUCUCAUUCUGCGAAUAGUCGAUUCUUAGUUGUGAAUGCAUCGCAAAGCAGCAUUGCAAUACUCGACCAACAGAUGAACUACCACCGACAAUCUAAUCAGAUCCAUAAUCGGACCUCACGUCGCCACCUCUACCCAAACAAAUGGUGAUAAGACAAACGGC